AUGUCAAUGACGCUAGCGACAACAUGGGUGCGUAGGGGCGUUGCCGCCCAGUUCCCUCAGAAAUACCAGGUCGACGAAGCCGAACUUAGCCGAAUAUCGAAACUCGCCCGCCUUCAGUUAGAGGACGCACAGCAAGAUCUGCUCGAUGCGCAUAAUGGCAAAGACGCCGACGCCGACAAAGACUCCGAAGACUCAGACUCCGAAGCCGGUGUACCUACGGGAGAAGUCUCUGAAAUUGCCAAACCUACAGUAACUGAGGAGGAUGAUCUGAAGGAAUACAAUCUCGACGACUACGAUGACGACCCGGUGGACGAGAAAGGCGAGAAAUUCUCCAUGUUUGGGAAUGUCGGCUCGUUAGCGUACCACGCACCGCACGAGCAGGACCCUUACAUCGUUCUACCAGAGGGCGAGCAAGACUCGGAAGACGAAAGAGAAGAUUUACAGAUACUGGCUUCCGACAACCUAAUCCUAGCAGCAAAGGUCGAGGACGAAGUUGCGCAGCUAGAAGUCUUUGUCUACGAAGACGAAGCGGACAAUCUCUACGUCCAUCAUGAUAUCAUGCUGCCUGCCGUGCCGCUUUGCGUGGAGUGGAUCAAUAUCCCGGUUGGCAAAGGAUCUGAGUCGCGGUCAGAAGGCAACUUCGUGGCCAUCGGCACAAUGAACCCGGAGAUCGAGAUUUGGGAUCUCGAUGUUGUGGACAGCAUGUACCCCAAUGCGAUAUUGGGACAAGAGCCCGAAGAACAAGCAGAAAUAGAGCAGAACGGGGAAGGCAGCAGUUCGAAAAGCAGCAAGAAGAAGUCGAAGAAGAAGAAAAAGAAACCCAAAGCGAACGACGAGUACCAUGUGGACGCAGUCCUUGCGCUGGCUGCCAACCGUCACCACCGCAAUCUGCUUGCCUCCGCGUCGGCCGAUAAGACGGUCAAACUAUGGGAUCUUAACAGCGGGAAGUGCGCGAAAUCAUACACAAUGCACAGCGGCAAGGUGUGCGCACUUGACUGGCACCCGACAGAGUCAACUAUUCUCUUGAGCGGAAGCUACGACCGGACAGUAAUUGCGACGGAUAUGCGGGCGCCAGACGCGCAAGCACCGAAAUGGGUCGUGGAGGCCGACGUCGAAAAAGUGAGAUGGGAUAUUCAUGACCCCAACUUCUUCUACGUCACCACAGAGGCAGGAACUGUCCACUAUUUCGAUGCCCGGAUCGUCCCAUCGUCCCACGAUAAGCCCACCAAGCCGGUGUGGACGCUUCAAGCACACGACGGAGCGGUCAGUGCCUUCGAUAUCAAUCCCUCAGUGCCCGGCCUGUUGGCGACGGGCUCGGAUGACAAGAGAGUCAAGAUAUGGAAUGUUGAGGACAACAAACCAAACAUGGUGGUUUCGAGGAACCUUGACGUAGGGAGGAUCUUCGCGACACAGUUUGCACCUGAUACGGAGGUGGCAUUCAGGCUCUCAGUGGCUGGGAGUAAAGGUCGAUUGCAAGUGUGGGACAUCAGCACCAAUCCGAGUGUUAGGAAAGUCUUCGCGGGCAGAGUCCAACUGCCAGAAUCAGACGGCAAAGAAAGAUUGGUCGGCGCCAGCCUGAGUGAUCACGAGAGCGACGAGGAAGAGGAUGAGGAGGAGGAAGGCAAUGCGGACAGGGCAGGUGGCCCAGAUGGGUGGGAGUCCAUGGAUGAGGAUUGA